AUGUUUUAUUCAAAAGAAAUAUUAACAAAAAAAAAAUGUGGAUUUGGAAUAAUUUGGUUAGCUUCCACGUUAGGAUCACGUUCUCAUCUUCGUAAACUUUCAAGGAAAGAAAUUAAUUCAGUUAAUUUGGUUAAAGCUUGUGGCUAUCUAAGUUCACCACCGGAACCACUAGCACUUCGAUUAUCUUCUAAUUUAUUGUAUGGAAUUACACGUUUAUAUCAACAACAGUACCAAUUUUAUUACGUGGAUACAAAUAAUUUAUGGCUAAAAUUUCAAAAAGCUUUGUCCGAAUUUCGUAAUGAAUCCGUCGACAUGUCAACAUCAGAGGCAAGACAAGAAGCAAUAACGCUGCGAGAUGAUCCCUAUUUCGAAAUCGAAAUGUUAAUAAAUAAAUCGAAUGAUACAGAUAUGGUUUUUGAGAUCGAAAGACAAAUUGAUUGGAUAUUAUCUUCAGAACAAGAAAUUCCUAACCAAGUUUUGACGAAUAAUCGAAAAAAUGAUAAUAAUAGAUCACGGCGUUCUUUAAUUACUCUCCCGGAAGAGAUUUUCAGUUCAGGUGAUGGUGAAUUUACUCAGUCGUUGUCAACUGGAUUUGGUGGUGGAUUUGGUUUUAGUCUUAACGAUGAUGAUUUAUUAAGAAUAGAAGAUAAUAAUGGUGGUGUUGGCGGAGGAGGAAUGGAAAGAAGUGGCGUAGUAGUUGAUGAGGAGGGAAUAACUGAUGGUUUGAAUUCUGAUACUAUCAAAGAGAUUGAGCAUAGAGUUAGAGACGAACAUAAUAAUGUCGAUCAAUCAAGAGACCACAAAAGGCGUAGAACUGAACUUCAAAUUCAUGAUGGUGUUGAAAAUCAUCAUGAUUUCCAAAAUACUGUGGAAGUAUACGAGCAACAAGGGCAAGAUGAACAAAGGAUUGGACAGGAUGAGAUGGAAGUAGUAAUUGAACCACGAGUUAUUGAUGAAGAAGAAAAUAAUAGAAGGUCAUCCGUCUCGACACAACCGAGACGUCGUCGUAGACGUAGGCUACAAAAUAUGUACGAUGAACCAGCAGAAUUAACAAAUGAACAAAUUCUUCAAAUGCGCGAAAGCGUUGUUGUUGAUUUGGAUAUUGCUGAACAAAAAGCAAGAGAAAAGAAUGUUAGCCAAAAAUAUAAAGAUCAAUGGAAUAAUAUAUUAUAUACAUCUGGAUUACCACUGAGAGCAAGACCAUUGGUAACUUUAUGGGAGAAUCAUUGUGCACCAAUGCUACAAGAUGAUAUCGUCAGACAAAGAACAACCCAUCCACCGCCAAUGCUAUCUAGUAAUGAUAUUUAUUUGCAAGAACCAAUUAGCCUAUCUUUUACUACUAACAUUCCUGAAAUUAACAAAGAACAUGAUAGAACAAGCAGUUUACAAGAUGUUGAAUCAGAAGUGUUGAGGAGAGGAGAAAGUUCAACAAAUGUAUCAUUAUCAUCUGGGCUUAGAAGGAGUAGAGAUAGUAGUUUGAAUAGAUCUCAUGACAGCAGCGGAUUUAAUUAUGGUGGUAGUGCUAGUGGUAGCGAUUUUUUUGAUUUAUCAGGAGUAGUCGAAAGUGUUGACAAUAGAAACCAAAGAAAUUCGAUUGGAUUUAAUCGAGCAUUAUUGGAUUUAUCAAAAAGUAAUAGCGGUCAAUUAUCGGAUUUUCCAAUAGUUGAUGAUAAUUAUGGAGGCGAUGAGGAACAUGAAUCAAUGGCGUUCAUGGAAUCGGUUAAAUCACUAAUGUAUGAGGCAAAAGUUACUACCCUGGUUAUUCCUUUACCAAGAUUUACUAGUCAUUCCAGUGAAAAUUGUUCGCCUUUUAAAGAGAUAUUUUAUAAACCAGAAUCCAAUUCAUUUAAUCACCUAAAUUGGCACCACUAUGCAUCUUCUUUCCAAAGAUGA